UUGAAUGACUCCGUGCCAAAAUGGAAACCUUUCCUCUCCCAUAUUUGUACCUGGGUAGCCUUAACAAAAUCCAUCAACGUGAACAAAAGAACCAGGUUCUUGCUAGUAGCAGCUCCGACCUUGACCAACACAAGAUGGAGAUGGAGAGGGUUCAAGCCAUCGCGUCCGUCUGUGCAGCCAACGGCGCCAUGCCGCCAGAGUUCAUACGGUCGGAGCACGAGCAGCCGGGCAUCACCACCUACCGCGGCCCCGCCCCGGAGAUCCCGGUCAUCGACCUCGCGGGCGACAACCAGGACCAGUUGACGAUCGCCGUGGCCGAGGCCAGCCGGGAGUGGGGAAUCUUCCAACUGCUGAACCACGGGAUUCCGGGGGAGGUGAUACGUGAGCUGCAGCGCGUCGGCAUGGAAUUCUUCGAGCUACCGCAGGAGGAGAAGGAGAAGUACGCGAUGGUGCCCGGAUCGGGGAGCUUGGAAGGAUAUGGCACCAAGCUGCAGAAGGAGUUGGAGGGCAAGAAGGCCUGGGUUGAUUUCUUCUUCCACUACGUAUCGCCGCCGUCUCGCGUCAACCACGCCAUCUGGCCCAAGAAACCUGCCGAUUAUAGGCAAGUAAACGAGCACUACGGCAAACACCUGGCGUGUCUUGUGGACAGGAUGCUGAUGGCGCUGUCGAGGGGACUGGGACUGGGAGAUCAUGUCCUCAAGGAAGCACUUGGCGGAGAUGGACUGGAGCAACUCCUAAAGAUCAACUACUACCCGCCGUGUCCUCGGCCUGACCUGGCUCUCGGGGUGGUGGCUCACACUGACAUGUCCGCUAUCACCAUUCUCGUCCCCAACCAUGUCCCUGGUUUGCAGGUCUUCAACGAUGAGCACUGGAUCGACGUCAACUACGUUCCUGAUGCUGUCAUCGUCCACAUCGGUGAUCAGAUCGAGAUUUUGAGCAAUGGGAUAUACAAGAGCGCGUUGCACAGAACAACCGUGAACAAAGAGAAGGUCAGGAUGUCGUGGCCAGUCUUCUGCUCUCCUCCUGGUGAGAUGGUAAUUGGCCCUCUGCAACAGCUCGUCGGUGAUGAGAGCCCUCCCAAGUACAAGGCCAAGAAGUACAAAGACUACGCCUACUGCAAGCUCAACAAGCUUCCACAGUAAACGUUGUUACGUUACAUGCUUUUCCCGUUCCUCGUCAUCGUUUAACAGCGCUCAUGAGUCCGAUGAGACAACUGAUUUGUUUGCUUAUUUUCGACGCGAAACUAAAUCAAUAUCUCAAUAUUAGAU